AUGUGCUUCAUUUACACCCCCUUCCACACUCCCUGUUCCCACACAUCCCCGGACCGUAUCUCAGAACCCUGCGCUGAAAUCACAAGAACAGCUCCCGUGAUCAGCGUUGGAGGCCCUCACAGCAAAUUGAUCCGUCCUCACUACCCUCCAUUACUUGAUGUGGGCUGUAGAUUCAACGUACACCUCGGUCAAGAGAAUGUCGAGGAACUCUGUCCUAACUGCUUGAAAAGGGAGGUCUAUCAGAGAGAGCUUAGCGAGGAACAUGGAGUAGAUGUUGCUGCAACUAAAGGAAUAACUUUCCGAUUUGGAGAUUAUUCUGGAGGAGGAGAGGAGGUGGUAACUUCUUUCAAGGAAGUUGUUGACACGGGGGUGACAUUUGGUGUUCCUAAGGAACAGAGAGAGUUACGAAGAAAGAUGAUUGAGAAGGCAAAGGACGGGACAGAGCUCAUCGUCUGGACAGCCAAGGAUUUGGCUGAGGAGACUCUGGCUCUGCGACAAAAAUGGAUUGAACAAGACCUACAAGGCGAGGAGCCCCUAGUCUGGAAGUCUAGCCGAGAGGAGCGUCGAAAAGAUCGAGCAGAAGCUAAGCGACGUGCCGAAGUCAAGAAACUCGCUGAGGAACAAUUUGAGCAGGAUCUGGCCGCGCGAAAAGCAAAGAUGCAGACGCGAUGGGAGGAUUCUCAAGUUUUGGAAUCUCGAUACCAGGAAGUUAAGAAGGUUAAUGAGGACCGAUCAAUCCUCCUCAAGUCUCUACCCGAAAUACUUGCAAUGCUGGACAAGAAUCCAUAUCUCCCAUGGUCAGCUCCAUCUCCCCCGUCGACCCCCCGGGAACGCGGUGAACUUCCAACUCCCCUUGCUAUAGGAGGGUUAACAUCCGAUUUUCAAGACCUCACGAGUGAGAAGAAUCGUCUCAAGACUAACACGAGAAUACCAGCGCCAAAGCCACCUAUCAAGCGCAAGCGUUCAAACUUGCCCGUGCCCGUUCGAAAGCGCACCAAAAGUUUUGUUGGCUAA